AUGAAGGAUAUAAGAAGGAAUCAAGACUUAAUAUGGAAAAAUAUGCACUAUAAAGAGAGCAUAUUAAAGCAAAAUUCAAGAUAUAGGUGGAUUAAGGAGGGUGAUAACAAUACAAAAUGUUUCCAUUUUGUGGUGAACUUUAGAGCUAGAAGAAAUUCAAUCGUCUUGAUUAAAACUCCAAAUGGUCUUGUCAAGGAUGUGUGCGGAGUGAACGAAGCCAUAAAAAAUCACUUUGAAGCUAGGUUUCAUAAGUGCUUUAUGCCAAGACCAAGGCUUCAAAACAUAAAUUUCAAAAGUUUAUCUAUUGUAGACCGUGAUAGAGUUGAGGAAGUGUUUUCGGAAGAAGAAAUCAAGAGAGUUGUGUUUGAAGGUGAUGGUGACAAAAGCCCAGGUCCAGACGGCUUCAAUCUGGUUUUUUGA